AUGAUACUAAGUAACAAAAUGCACCUCCUGGAUGGCAGCUUUAUCAGUGGUGUAACACCUUAUGUAGAUAUUGACAGUGUUAUGAAACAUCCACUUUGGGGAUCACAUUUGCUUUUAAACAACGAAGAUGCUGUUAUUCGUGGGCACAAAGAUUACAUUAAAGCUGGAGCCGAUUUUUUAACCACCAUCACAUAUCAAGCAAGCAUUGGAGGCUUUCAAAAAUAUUUGAACCUAGAUUACGAUCAGAGUUUUGAAUUGAUUAAGAAAUCUGUAAUAAUUUGUCGGCAAGCAAUAACAGAGGAAAAUGUAGAACGCAAUAUACAAGUAAUGGGAUCUGUUGGUCCAUAUGGUGCCUCAUUACGUGAUUGUUCAGAAUAUAAUGGUAAUUACAUUGAUACCAUAAAUUUAAAAGAAUUAUAUGAUUGGCAUAAGCCUCGAAUUCAAGCAUUGGUGGAGGCUGGAGUCGAUGUAAUGCUUUUUGAAACCAUACCUUCUGUCAUUGAGGCUACUAUUUUGCUAAGCAUACUGACUGAAUUUCCAAAUCAAAAAGCAUGUUUAUCGUUCUCAUGCAAGGACGGCAAUCAUUUGAGUCACGGUGAAACAUUUUCAAGUGCAGUUGAAAUGUUCUGGUCAAACGAUUACCGUAAACAGUUAAUUGCUAUUGGUAUGAACUGUAUGCACCCAAAAUUUAUUACACCACUUUUGAUGUCCGUAAAGACUAAAAAUGUUAAUUUUAUUACUUAUCCAAACGGAGGUGGCAUUUGGGAUAUCGCUAAAGAUUGUUAUGAUGAUACUCAAAUAUAUAAAGUUUCUAUAGAUGAUCUUAACAUAUGGAAUAAAAAAGGAUUGAAAAUAUUUGGAGGCUGUUGUAAAACUGAUGCUAUUGAAAUAGCACGUUUAAGAAGUUUAAUAGACGAUCUACAUUUAUAA